UCUGAACCGGGAAGGUUGCCAGAGGUGAGAGGCGUUGAGCCCGUGUGGGUCACGGGUGCGGGUCCUGAGGAGGCAGGUCGGGGACCGGCUCCAGAGCGACGCCCGCGGACCGCAGUGACCCGCGUGCCUCUGUCUCACUGCUCCGCAGUGUCAGAGUUGUCCUGAGAGAAGAUGGGAAAGGGCUGCAAGGUUGUUGUUUGUGGUUUGUUGUCUGUUGGGAAAACUGCAAUUCUGGAGCAACUGCUUUAUGGGAAUCACACUAUUGGAAUGGAAGACUGUGAAACAAUGGAAGACGUGUAUAUGGCCUCAGUGGAGACAGACCGUGGGGUGAAGGAACAGCUCCAUUUAUAUGACACCCGAGGCCUGCAGGAAGGCGUGGAGCUGCCAAAGCAUUAUUUCUCUUUUGCUGAUGGUUUUGUUCUUGUGUACAGUGUGAAUAACCUUGAAUCCUUUCAAAGAGUGGAACUUCUGAAGAAAGAAAUUGACAAGUUCAAAGACAAAAAAGAGGUGGCAAUUGUUGUGUUAGGAAACAAACUCGACCUUUCUGAGCAAAGACAAGUGGAUGCUGAAGUGGCACAGCAGUGGGCAAAAAGUGAAAAAGUGAAACUGUGGGAGGUGACAGUGACAGAUCGGAGGACACUGAUUGAACCCUUCACUUUACUAGCCAGCAAGCUUUCCCAGCCCCAGAGCAAAUCCAGCUUCCCUCUGCCAGGGAGGAAAAACAAAGGGAACUCCAAUUCUGAAAACUGAGUCAAGCCUUGAAUGUCUGUAGCAUGGCACAAGGCUACAAUUUAACACGGCCCUUUACAAAACCACCUCUGGGCCUUAUGGAACUCCUAAAGUGGUAAUUCAAUGCACUUUAUGUUAUAAUUAACUUAUUGGGAUAGUUUAUUAUUGUUGAACAUAUUUGUCUUUAUUUGAAACCUGUUCUUGAAAUCAACAUCUUUGUUACUUAUGUUGCACUUGUCAUUAAUAGUAAAAUAAAAUUUAGAGAGUAUGCAAUGUACCAUGGGUA